GAAUAGUCCACACAAAGGAGCUUGUGACAGCUCACUAAACGCUUCCUCUGAAACUAAACAGCAGCAAAACACAGUGUAAUUAGUGAAUUAAUCAAAACCUCAUUUUUUCAGGCAAUAUCAGAAUCUAUUAAUUUUCAAAAUCUGUUGAGAUCUGUCCUAAUUUACUGGAGUACCAAAAUUGUUUCCUUUUUUACUUAAAGAAAUCAGCUCAAGGGCUUUCAAAUCCUUUUAGCUUUUCAAAAUCCUUACUUUGUAAAACCCCUCUUCAAGAUCCAAUCUUUUUUUUUUUUUCAAAACAAAACUUUGCUCUCUCAGAUAAUCUCAAGGGUAAAUCUCAGCUCAGAGGUGAGUAAAUUCUAGUAUUGAUUUUCUCCUAUUUGUUCACUUUCAGUUACAAAUUUGGCUUCUUACUACUUCUGUUUGGAUGAUUUGGAUUUGAAAUUGGGAACUGGGUUUUAGAGUUUUGUAUCAAUGAAGGAAUUGAAUUCAACAACAGACCCAAUUGGGCAAAACUUAAUAAAAGGUAUAAGCAAUGUGUGCUUUUCAGUUUUUGUUUUCUCAGUGCUUAUAUUUACUAUAAUUGCUAUCACAUACCAACCUCCUGAUCCAUGGGAAUCAUCUAGAGCACUGACUAGGGUCUUCACCCAAGUUGAAAAUGCAACAUUUAAAGUGGACAAUUCUGUCCUCAAAACUGGUGAGGAUGUUGCCACUGCUCCUAUGGCAGGGGCUUUCUCUUUAGUGCCAAUAACUGAAGCUUCUAUUGAGAAAUCUGAAGAGAAACUUCCAGCUGAGACUCUGAAAUUGGGAUGUGAGAAUGAGAAUGUAGUUGUUAAUUGUUCAGAUCCAAGGGUGUUGAUCACCAUUGAGAGAUUUAACUUGAGGGCUUUCAAGUCCAUUGCUUUUUUGGAUUAUCAAACUCCCGUUAAUGGGUCGAAACCCGAUGAGUGUGAUGUGGCAUGGAGGUUUAGAAACAAGAAAGAGAAAUCUUGGAGGAAGUACAGAGAUUUCAGGAGGUUCAGAAUGGGGUUUAGUGAUGAUUGUAGUUACAAAGUAGUUCAUGCGGGUCGCUGGCAUUCAGGGGUAAAUGCACGGCGUCCAAGAAUCCGAGUUAAUACUGCUGGAACUGGUUGGAAAGCCAGAAUUUCUCCCCCAGUUCGAGAUGAGGAUAUCAAUGAUACAAUUCCAGUCAUCGGAUCAGAUUCAGCUUUUAGAGAUGGGAGAUACUUGUACUAUUCUCGUGGUGGUGAUUACUGUAAAGGAAUGAAUCAUUAUCUGUGGAGCUUUCUAUGUGCUUUGGGUGAGGCUAAGUACUUGAACCGGACAUUUGUGAUGGAUUUGAGUAUCUGUUUGGCAUCGUCACACACUCAGAGUCGUAAGGACGAGGAAGGGAAAGACUUUAGGUUCUAUUUUGAUUUUGAGCAUUUGAAAGAGGAUGCAUCUAUUGUCGAGGAAGGAGACUUCCUUAAAGAUUGGAAGAGAUGGGAUAAAACACAUAAAAAGAAAAUCUCUGUAAGGAAAGUUGCAAACCAUAAAGUGUCUCCAAUGCAACUAAGGACGGACAAGAGCACAAUUAUAUGGAGGCAGUUUGAUGCCCCCGAGCCAGAGAACUACUGGUAUCGUGUCUGUGAAGGGCCUGCUGCUAAAUACAUCCAGAGGCCGUGGCACGCUUUGUGGAAAUCUAAGAGACUGAUGAAUAUAGUUACUGAGAUUAGUGGAAGUAUGGACUGGGAUUAUGAUGCUGUUCAUGUUGUUCGGGGAGAGAAAGCUCAGAACAAGGAGUUGUGGCCGCAUCUGGAUGCUGAUACAUCUCCUGAUGCCCUUGUCACAAAGCUUCAAGGAGCAAUAACACCUUGGAGGAACUUGUAUGUUGCCACAAACGAGCCUUUCUAUAAUUAUUUUGAUAAACUUAGAUCUCACUACAAGGUACAUUUGCUUGACGAUUACAAGUAUUUGUGGAGUAAUACAAGUGAGUGGUACAAUGAAACAACACAACUGAAUGGUGGACGACCUGUUGAAUUUGACGGAUAUAUGAGGGUUGAAGUGGACACAGAGGUCCUUUAUAGAGCAAAGAUUCAGGUGGAGACAUUUUAUAACUUGACAAAAGACUGUAAGGAUGGGAUCAACACGUGCUAAACAGUUCAAGAUAUCUACACGCACUCUAUACGUAGAUUCACACAUCUUUUUGCCUGUUUUUACAGUUUAUUCAGUUCUGAAGUAAAGGCCGUUAGUUGUUUCAGGCUGCAUUUGUUCAUCGAUCUAUGGGUGAACUGUUCAUUUGUACAAUAUGUUUCUUUCAUAACCUUCAUCUAAUAGUGAUCUGUUUCAUCUCUGUCUCGUAAUUUGUCGAUUCAUCUCAAUUUCCUUUUU